AUGUUACGCUCGCCGGUUUCACCUGAGCGUUCCUCCGCCCGACCGCCAAAUCCCUCUCGGCCAUCCUUCGAUAGUGAAUUGGGACGUCCAGGCUCCUCUGGAAGUGAUGCCUCUUCAGUGACCUCCAAUGUGACAACCAUAUCCGCCGUCCAAAACCCGUUUUAUCAACCUCCUAGCGGGACGUCAUCCCCCCGGCCGCCGCGGACCUCAUCGAUUACCACCGCCACUGUGAGUAGCCAGAACGGCAUUUCGCCUACCCACACUCGGCCUCCCGCUUCCUUCAUGCCACAGAAUGAGAUAUCGAGUAGGAAACCGACGGGUCGGGCGCAUCCGCCCGAUCUGAUGAUGAAACAUCGGUCUCGACAUCACUCGCAGGGGUUCUUCGAACCUUCCCUCCCUACGGCGUCCGCAUCGGACUCGACCAUUUCGGCUUCGAGAAUCGCAGCCCAGACUGCGAUGCAACAACAGCAGCAGCAACAGGGUAGUAACACGCAACAACCACCCAAACGACCUCAGACCAUUAUCUAUACUCCGGACGAUGGGUCGAGAACCAGGGGAGGUAGUAUUUCCCCUCCCCCGCUACUGCCGACCCCUUCCCUACCACCGCCCGGGUCCAGUGGAUCCUCAGGGCAAACAUAUCAGAAUGGCCAUUCCGGUGUAGCGACCACAGCGGCCAAUGUGGCGUUUCCACGGCACGCCGGGCUGCAGCCUCCCGGGCCAGAAGCGCCGCCGGAAAAGGAGCACAAACAUAAAGGGGAGAAAUCGAAGAUGAAGCUGUUUUCGAAGCCGAAACAUAUUGGGAUUAGCCGGGAUAAAGACGGAAUACCGAAGGAUAGGGGGCUCCCAUCGCCCAGCAAAAUGGGCUUCUCCGGAGCAGGAUUGUCACGCAUUGUCAGUGCAUCUACGACCAGCUUAGCUGACACCUUCCCAUCCAACAAUUCCUCGAUGUAUAACCUAUCCAAUGCCUCUGCGAGUACGGUGGUCCCCGCCGACAAGCCGGUGUCCAGUGAGAAAGAGAAGGACAAGGAAAAGGCCCAUAAGCAUCAUUUUUUGUCGAGGCAAAAGCUGAAGUUAAAGGACCGUGAUGAUCAUUACAACCUACCGCUCUCUUCUGCUUCUAGUAACUCCAAACCGUCUGACCCAAACGCCCCCCAGUCGCUUUACUCUUUUACACCUGCUUCUCCGGGUCCAACGUCGACGACGUUUGGCAAAUCGGUGAGUGGGUUGGAUAUCCUUCACGGCGGUCGAGCUUUACGGGAAAAGAAGAAGGAGGAGAAGGAAAAAGAGAAGGCGAUGGCAGAGUCAGAGCAACAUGAAUGGAUGACUGGUCCGACAGGCGCUGGUGGUGCGUCGACCGUAUUUGCGGGGCCAUCCUCAAUUGGCUCGGCUGGAGGUCUCACGGAGGCUGCUCUUCGAGAGACCUUACAGGGUUUUGGCCUGAACAACAUGUCGCCGGAAGAUGCGUGGGAUUUCCUGAAGGCUAAGCUGUUGGUGAUUUUCGAUGGGGAAGAUGUCCGUAUUUCUAUCGAAGAUCUCAACAAGCUGGUGUUGAUUCACAUCCAGCGCUGUGUGCAAAAGCGCACGCCAUCCGCCAUUGUUGAUGAUCUACGGGAGCUACUCGAGACCGGAUUUGCAUCCUUAAAUCAUACAUUAAACGGGGUACCCGAUGAGAAGCUGGUUCCUCAUCUGGUGCAGAUAUGGAUGCUUGGGUUGCGGAACUGUGAUGAAUCUUCGAGAGGCCCGCGAGUUCUGGCUGCCGCCUUGAAUGGGGAUUACCCUGGGUGCGAGCUUGAAGUCCGCAACCUUGUGUUGAUAGCUUUCCGUGAUAAGGUCAUUCUUUAUCGUUACGACGGCCUCAAGGCUACAUUUUCCCGUUUGAGUCUUGAAAAUAUCAACUUGGGCAAUUCUGCCCUCAGUAUAACGACAAAGAGCAGCAGUAGCAGUGGUCGUCCCGCCACGGCUGCCUCGCUGGAUGCCGGUUUUGGCAGCUACAAUUCUCAGUCUUCUACUCUCCUCAAUACUGCAGCCAGCCACUCCUCAGACUCUAUGAGCUGCAACCGCAGCCGUGCUGCUUCCAACACUUCGUCCAACCCUGACCAACUUAUUUUCCAAUCUUUUUCGUCCCCGACACAACGGCCGACCAUCAUCCAUCGGUCGUCUCAUACCGCUGAUACGUCUCAUGUUAUCACAGAGACUGUUGGUCGGAUGCUUCAAUGUGUUAGUGUUUUAGCCAGUGUGCAGACGGGCGGCAAGCCGCAAGAGAAAAUCGAGCUUCUGAGCAAAGCGCUUAAGCACAAUUGGCUCGGCCGUGGUCGCACCGGACGAGACCGACGAGGAUUUGUUGGAGCUAAGAUUCGACCGGCGAUGGUUACGCGGACCGAGAGCGAUGAUUCCAUGAGAGAUAGAAACGGUGAUUCGGAUAUCAUGCGAGAUGGGCAUCGGGAAAUAAGUGUUCUUUGA